AUGUGCAAGCUCCUCCUGAGCCGCGGCGCGUGGCUCGACGUGCGCACCAAUUACGGCGACGACCCCGAGGCCCGCGCGCGAUUCCGCGGCCGCACGGCCACGGCCGACGUCCUCGCGGCGGUCCGCGCGGCGGGCGGCUGGCGCCCCUACUGCACCGCGCAGCGCCCCUACUGCGACGCGCCGUUCCUCGAGCUCCGCCGCGAGCUCCGCGCGCCCGGCGCCGUCGCCGAGUCCAGCGAGCGCCUCUACGAGCGCGUCUUCGUCGAGCUCCCCAACGCCGUCUUCCCCCGCGUCCUCGCCUUCCGCCCCGACUUCUAG